GUGACAACCUCCAAAAGUGAUAGAAUCACUCAGAUGCCAGCUUGGAGAGUCUCGUGAGAGGAAGAGAGUGGCCACCUGGUUCUCCCAGUACCCUGUUGUUCAGGCGAGUUGACUGUCUUUCUUACAGGAUGGCAACUCUUCGUCUGUCUUCCACACUUGCUCUGUCCACUCAGGACCUCACCUGUCUCCCGGAGUCAGAAUUUCCUCUUUCUUCAAAAGGCCAUUCCUGUCCCCAGAAUUUGGACCUGUUCUCCUGCAAUGGUCUGGAGCCUCACACACCAACCAGUGCUGGUUCCCAGGAGUCAGUGACUUUCCAGGAUGUUGCUGUGGACUUUACUGAGAAGGAGUGGCCUCUGCUGGAUUCUUCUCAGAGAAAACUCUACAAAGAUGUGAUGCUGGAGAACUACAGCAACCUUACCUCACUGGGGUAUCAGGUUGGCAAACCCAGCCUCAUCUCACACUUGGAGCAAGAGGAGGAGUCAAGGACAGAGGAGAGAGGCACUCACCAAAGCACUUAUCCAGAUUGGGAGACUCCAUCUAAAACCAAGUGGUCACUUCUUAUGGAAGAUAUUUUUGGAAAGGAAACUCCCAAUGGUGUGACAAUGGAUAGAACUCGUCUUGGAGAGAAGUCCACUGAAUAUGCUCACUUGUUUGAAGUCUUCAGCAUGGGUGCUCACCUCACUCAGCCAAUGGGAAGGCAUGCUGGCAAGAGGCCCUAUCACCGCCGUGACUAUGGGGUAGCUUUUAAGAAUAGGCCGCAUCUAACUCAACACGUGAGCAUGUAUGACGGAAGAAAAAUGCACGAAUGUCAUCAGUGCCAAAAAGCCUUUACUACAAGUGCUUCCCUCACACGGCACAGGAGGAUACACACUGGGGAGAAACCCUACGAAUGCACUGACUGCGGAAAAGCCUUUAAUGACCCAUCAGCCCUUAGGAGUCAUGCAAGAACUCACCUCAAAGAGAAGCCCUUUGACUGCAGCCAGUGUGGAAACGCAUUCCGGACCCUCUCUGCCCUGAAGAUACACAUGAGAGUUCACACUGGCGAGAGGCCUUACAAGUGUGAUCAGUGCGGGAAGGCCUAUGGCAGGAGUUGCCACCUCAUUGCACACAAGAGAACGCACACUGGAGAGAGGCCCUACGAGUGUCAUGACUGUGGGAAAGCUUUCCAGCACCCCUCCCAUCUUAAAGAGCAUGUCAGGAAUCAUACUGGGGAGAAACCCUAUGAAUGCACGCAGUGUGGCAAAGCCUUUCGAUGGAAGUCUAACUUCAAUUUGCACAAGAAGAACCACAUGGUAGAGAAAACCUAUGAAUGUAAAGAAUGUGGGAAAUCCUUUGGUGAUCUUGUGUCACGGAGGAAACACAUGAGAAUCCAUAUUGUUAAGAAACCCGUUGAAUGUCGACAGUGUGGGAAAACCUUCAGAAACCAGUCCAUCCUUAAGACACACAUGAACUCACACACUGGAGAAAAACCUUACGGGUGCGAUCUCUGUGGGAAGGCCUUCAGUGCAAGCUCAAACCUAACUGCACACAGGAAAAUACACACUCAAGAGAGACGCUAUGAAUGUGCUGCCUGUGGGAAAGUCUUUGGUGAUUAUUUAUCCCGAAGGAGGCAUAUGAGCAUUCAUCUUGUAAAGAAACGUGUUGAAUGUAGGCAGUGUGGGAAAGCCUUCAGAAACCAGUCAACGCUAAAGACACACAUGCGAAGUCACACAGGCGAGAAACCAUACGAGUGUGAUCACUGUGGGAAAGCCUUCAGCAUAGGCUCUAACCUGAAUGUGCACAGGAGGAUCCACACUGGGGAGAAGCCCUAUGAAUGCCUUGUCUGUGGGAAAGCUUUCAGCGAUCAUUCUUCCCUCAGAAGUCAUGUGAAAACACACCGGGGAGAGAAGCUCUUUGUGUCAUCAGUGUGGAAAAGACUCCAGUGAGCAUGCCUGUUUUAAGAGAACAUAAGCACUCAGACUACAAACAAACCUCAUGAGUAUAAGAAGGCAGGAAGCCCUCAUGAGCUUUCACCUUCCUGGGCACAGGAGAAUUCAUAUAACUUAGGAGAAAUCCAGUUCCUGUAAACACUGGGAAGAUGAGGUGUUCGUCAUCCCUUAGGAGAUUUGUGAGAGCUCAACACUGGGGUAGAAAAUGUACACCUGUACCAUGGAGAUACAUUCAGCGCUUAACAAAUGAGAACUUAGGGAGAGAAACCUCAGUUUGGCAUUUAGAAUCAAAAUGACUUCAGCUUGCCUCUCGCCUCCUGGGCACAUGACUAAUAAGCACUAGGGAGAAUCUCUAUGAAUGCAGUAACUGGGGAAGCCUUUCUUGGUCUCACAGUCUAGUCCUCAUGAGAGAAACCCCACUGAGGAAAGAAAUCAAUAAAGUAAAAAAAUGUGGAAAGUCAUUAAUGGGUCAGCAAAGUAUGGCUAGCUGUCUGUUAGCUGGCCAGCUAACAAUAGUUGUUACAUUUUAAAAGAGGAAGAAUAUCUGACAGAGACCAUAGGUGGCCAAUAACCUUGAAAUACUUGCUGUCUGGCCCUUUUCAGAAAAACUUGGCCUACCUUUGUUCUACAGCAGUGGUUCUCAACUAGGGGUGAUUUUGGUGUCCAGGGGUCAUUUAAGCAAUGUCUGGAGACAUGUGGUUGUUAGAACUGAGGGGAGGUGCUCCUGGCAUGUAGCAGGAAGACAUCAGGAAUGCUGCUAAGUAUCCUACAAUGCAUGUGACCCCCCACACACAAAAAGGAAUUAUGUACCCCCAAAUGUCAGUAUUGCUGAGGUUGAGAAUAAUCCAGUAUUCCUCAGUUAAUGCCUAUAGUAACCCCUCAAUUUUUAUAAAUCUUAUGAACACACACGCUAGAAGAUACUUCAGAACUUUAAAAAUAUAAUCAGCUCUCACCCUAUUUGGAAAUGAUUUCAGCCAGUCUCCUCACUCAUGCAUAUGAAUAUUCUCACUGGGAGGGACACUCCAGUGGAAUUUUCCAGUGAAUAUGGGAUUACACUUGGUCUUUCACCCUGAAUACCAACCCUGGCUCGUUACUCUUUAGUCUUUAUUUUUAAAGGUUAUGUUCCUCUAAGUAGCUCUUAAGCAUCAUCACGAAAAUUUGUAUAUAGUAUUUUUACUAUAGCUUCACGUCUUAUUUUCUUUUGGAUAAGCUACUUGACCAAUGGCAUAUAAGCACUGUGUUACAGACCCUGUAACAUGUGGGUAUUUCUUAGUACCUGUCUUGUUACUGGUAUCUGUUCAGAUGCAUAGUGAUCAGAGCAUGUCUUCGUCAGUGGGAUCUUUCGGUGUAUUUACAGUCUACUCUCCAGCCAGGAGUGGCAGAUACUUCUAGUUGCUUUUCCAGUAUCUGCUUUCACCUUCUUCCAAUAUUAAGAGAGUCCAGGUUGUGUCAGAUUAGUCAGAUGUGCUAUUUUGUAAAAUCUGUCAUGGGUUUUUUUUGCAACUAGUACCGUUCACGUCCCAUAACCCUGGCCAUUGACAAAUAAGCAGAUGUAACUCUGUGGGCUUCUGAGAAAGCUCCUAGCAAGGGGUCAUUAACUUCAAAUCUUCCCUACAUGUUUUGUUCUUUGCUUUAGUCCCUACUUCUCACUUUGCAAGGAGAUCCAGUACGUAGUGCUAAAAGUUCCAUCUUGUGACCAUGAGGAUGAAAGCCACAGUUUAAGAAGGAUACUGCACUAAAGUCACAAUGUCCCUUGGCCUCUCCUCUGGCUUGAGUCUGCACUAGCCCUGGAUUUGGUACUUCUAGACUUCCUAUUACAUGAGAAAAAAAUAAAACUGAUUACUGGUUUAAGCUGCUA